AUACAACGAGGCCUCCACGAAACGACGAAGAGAGUGGACGCAAUUACUAUUUUGUCACACAUGAUGAAAUGAUGACGGAUAUUAGCGCUAAUGAAUACUUAGAAUAUGGUACACACGAGGACGCAAUGUACGGUACCAAGUUAGAUACGAUAAGAAAAAUCCACGAAGAAGGAAAAAUGGCUAUUCUAGACGUUGAACCUCAAGCAUUAAAAAUACUUCGUACCGCUGAGUUUGCUCCUUAUGUUGUUUUUAUCGCUGCACCCAUCGUACAAAAUCUUAAUGACUACGACGGAAGUCUGGAAAGACUUGGAAAGGAGUCGGACAUGCUGAAGCAGGCGUACGGACAUUUCUUCGAUCUGACGAUCAUCAAUGACGAUAUUGAUGAGACGAUUGCUCAGCUGGAAGGCGCAAUUGAUAAAAUACAAAAGACACCGCAGUGGACGCCAGUGAGAUCGGUCUACUGACAACGAUCACCCUCACGUAAUAAUGAUCCCUUAAAUUAUUACUAAUUAUUAAAAUAAAUAAAUCCAAUCGGGAAAUCAAGAGAGUACAUCAAAUGAUAUAAAAA